AUGACGGCCGUACUACCUCAAGGACUUAUUAAUGCCAAUCUCGAUGUACAACAAUACGUUUUGGAUGACUCCAAUGCUGCCUUCACCAAUUCGGAAGCCCUUCGAAAGUUCUGGAGAGUCUACGCGAUCCAGAGCAAUGCGACCCAGGAUGACGGGGCCGUGCGAUCACGAAAUCUCUUUUGGAGAAUAUGGAGCAGUCGCACCUUGACCCAAUCCAUUACACCUCCUCGUUUGACGCGGCUCUGGCAGCGAUGUAGUCAGGAGUUCGACUUGACAGCGAUUGGGGGCAUUCCAGCUUUACGCGGACCGCCCACACGACAAGUAGGGCCAACAAAUGGACUUGUAUGGUCAUUCCAGCUGAUGAUGAUGAUCACACAGGGCCCCUCUGCUGCGUGGCAGUCUCGAAAUCAGCUCGCCUCGCUGUCUCCCUCUAGUGAAGUUCGCCCGAUGCAUGACUCAAGUCCUCGAGGCGGUCAGAACGUUGGCAUGACAUUGCAAGACUUCAGAUGGUCGGCCACGGACCAAACCGCACGGGGCGACGUUCCUCGACAGCCAUUCCGCCCCUCAGUUGAGGCAAGGGGGCAGCGACUUGAUAGUUCAUCAGGUUCGACCUCUCAAACCACAUCUGAGUCGUCGUCCAGACCUACAUUGAGCAGGACUGCUAGUGGCGGUCGCCAGAGACUGCCUGUCCUGGCCAAUUCCGGGAAGGCAAGGGCACGACCGUCGGUUCCACGCAGAAAAUCCAGUACACAGAAGUCCGGUGGUGGCUCCAACCAGCCUAAAUCAGUCCGGCAGCCGACAGCAAGCUCGACGGCUGAAGCCCUCGCACCCCCUGGUCCUAGUGCAAGGGUUGGGCGCCUUCCCGGAGGAGACCCUCCUCCAGGCCUGCCGUUGCCACCGGCUACCAGCGGCCCAGCCUUCGCUCUCCCGUCGGCGUCUUCGUGGCAGAGUGUUGAUUCCAUAUCACCCCACCCUCCGCUGGCAAGCACUGCACCAAUCCAGUCCGGUACUUCAGGCGAACUCGUCCAUCGGGACUUCCGCGGCAAAUUCGUUGAAACCCAGAAGAAGCUGGCCAGCUCCACGAACCUCACGAGUUUGGGUCGAAUGAGAAGACCCGGCAGUAUUGUGCGUUUUGCCGACGAACUCCCACAGGUGGAUCCAGAUAAAAGCAAAGAACGAGAGCAGCCUACCUCACCUUUGCGAGAGGAAAACCUGGGCCCGUCUCGAUUGCGCACUAGCAUGGCCAGCGCGGCGAUCUCUGACGAUACUGACUCGGACUCCUCCUCAAGCCCCAUGGAACUUCCGCGCACAAAGAGUCAGCUCAGCCUGUUAAUCAACAACAGGAGGAGUGAGACCGGUAGUUCUGAUAUUGGCCCUGCAGCACAAGUGCAGGAAUCGAAAGGGAAAGACAAUGACGCCAGACAAAAGGCUAGGUCUAAGGAACAAGAGCUGCUCUCUAUGGGCCGUCGCGAUGGAGUCACUAAGGCGGGUGGAGUUCAAGUCCCGAGGCAACAGAGGGUCAGCGAACUCGAAGACCCUGGUUAUCAGUCACCGUCCAGUCCGGAACCCUUGUUUUGA